AUGCCGCUGCGCGGCAGGAGAACCUCCGGAGAAGGACAAAGCGGGGGCUCCUCGGCUCGGGUCCCGCAGGCGAUGCGUCCAGAGCCGCCUCUGGGAAAAGGGCACCGUCCCUGGACACCGCCCCGCCCUCCCCCCGGCUCCAUGACAGACACUCCAAAUCGCCGGGGACAGAAGCCUGCGGACAAUGGGCGAGGAUCGGGAGCCACGGCAGCAGGUGCCCGGGUCGCCACGUCUAAAAUAAGGCACCGGUCCAGUGGCCAGAGGCAGGGGCAGGGGAGCAGUCCCCCGAGAUCCCGAGCUGGGCCUCCGCAUCCUCCCCGCCGCCCCACCCGCCACCCAAGAACCGCCCCUCCCAUGCGACGGACACGCCCUCCCCGCAGGCCGGGACCUCCUCGCGCCGCCCGCCCCCCAGGGCCGCUCACCCGACCGAGAAGUUCCCGCAGCCGCCGCCGCCGCCGCCGAACCCUCAGGCCUCGCCCCUCACACGGCCGCCGCCUCACACAGGAGCCGCACCACAGCUCCCGCAGCUGGGCCGCGGGACCCGGAACCACUUCCUUCCGGAACCGCCUCGCCCCGCCCCCGUCCUAG